UGGCUCUCAGGCGGGCACUGCCCGUCGGCGACCCCCUCGUGUGGGCCCCUCUGCGCCACGGCCGCGCGAGUGCCAUGGGGAACUGCGUCGGCCUGUGGCGCGAGGGGUGCCACGGCGGCAUCGGCAAAGGAGUGGCGGGCCUCCUCCACGCCCCGGCGAGCCCCAGCGGGUCCUCCGACUCGCCCGGGGCGGAGGCGGGCGCGCCGAGGUUCCGGGGCCUCGACGACCUCGGGGCGGGCGCCGCCCAGCUGGAGGCACAGGCGAGGAGGCUGCGCAGCACCAUCGAUCGCCGCAGGAAGCUGGCGGGCGCAGGCAGCGACGGCGAGCAGCCCAUCGUCCUUCACUACGAGCGCAUUCUGGCUGAUGUGGAACGCCAGCUCAAGGACAUGCGCGGCCAACUCCAGGACAUGCGUGCCGAAGGCCAUGCGGAGCCCGCGGGCGCCCACGUCGGGGCGGAGGCCUUGCCGCCCAUGGUGGCGGACGUGUGACCGCGCGGCCCCGGCCGAGGGAGGCAUCUCGGGCGGAAGGGAAGG